GAUGAUCUGGCAUGGUCCCCAACCUAACUUCCCAAUCCUGAUGUGUAAAAUCCUCCCGAUUCCGAUUGCCAAGCGACUUACUUCCUAGCUCGCCGACGAACUUUGUGCUGCGAGGCGGAUUUUGAGCUUUGGUUCGGGUCGAAUAUGAGCUUGUGGAGGAGGGUCUGUGUGGGUUGUUCAUUCAGGAGAUGUUUGAACGCGCUAAUGCUGUUCGAGGGAUUGUUGAGAAUUGGGCGACUGUUUCCUCUAUGAUCGAUCGGUUUUGAUCCCAGCAUGUGUAGGCAGAAGAGGCCCGUGAGGCUUAGGGCUAUUGCCACUGAAUACUCGGCGCAUGAGCUGAAAUGCAGAUGGAGGAUGCAGUCUGAUUAGGGGUUUCAGAAGAGUAGGGUGGGACAUACAGCGUAGAAGCUAUGGGGAUUCAGGGGUUGCUCCCUACCCUGAAGUCCAUCAUGAACCCACGGCACAUUCGGGAUUAUGCUGGAAAGCGGGUGGCCAUUGACACCUACUCCUGGCUACACAAAGCCGCAUUCAGUUGCAGUAAGGAGUUAUGCCUUGGGCUGCCUAAUGACAAGUACAUAGACUAUUGCAUGCAUCGGGUCAACAUGCUGCGGCACUUCGGUUUGCAGCCCGUCCUUGUGUUUGAUGGGGGUGGCCUUCCAAUGAAGUCUGAUCAGGAAAUGAAACGUGCCAGAUCGAGGAAGGAGAAUUUGGAACGUGCUCUGGAGCACGAGCGCCUGGGAAACUUCACCGCUGCGAUGCAAUGUUAUCAGAGGGCCGUAGACAUAACACCUGCAAUAGCUUUCAGGCUGAUAAAGGUUUUGCGCCAGGAAAACGUGGAGUAUGUGGUUGCACCGUAUGAAGCAGAUGCUCAAAUGGCUUUUUUAGCUCGCAAUGGACACGUGGAUCUUGUCAUCACUGAAGAUUCUGACCUUAUUGCAUAUGGUUGCCCGCAGAUAUUUUUCAAGAUGGACAAGUAUGGACAAGGUGUGGGGUUUCAGUUCUCUGACAUUACGGCCAACAAAGACAUUGACUUCAACAAUUUCUCCAGACAAAUGAUUCUUGAAAUGUGCAUAAUGAGUGGUUGCGAUUACUUGCCUUCCUUGCCAGGAAUGGGCGUAAAAAAAGCUCAUGGCUUAAUGAAACGUUUUAAGACUUAUAUAAAGGUAAUGAAGCACUUGAAGUUCAGUGGCGUCCUGAUAGAUGAACAAUACGAGCAAGGUUUUCGGAGAGCAAUAUUAACAUUUCAGCAUCAUCGUGUUUAUGACCCUGCCAAAAGGGCAAUGGUUCAUCUCACCGAUGUACCAGGCGAACUCGUUAACGAUCUACAUUUUCUGGGACCAUGUGUCUCCCCGACAGUUGCUAUAGCUGUUGCCAGAGGUGAGGUGGACCCAACCACCUAUGAUCUCUUUGAGGAAGUGAGCAGCUCUGGGACGCCAAUAGCGGUUACGAAAGAGAAAGUGCAUGUUGGUUCUCUAAACGUGCCUGUAGACGUUUCUCCUCAGAAGAAUAUGCUCAUAACCAACUUCUUCCAAGGGGCAGAUGUAGCUUCCAAGAAGCAAUUUAUACCCCCAAGAAGUGCUUCCAACAAUACUCCUGACAAUGCGUCAUUCCGAUUCUGUGCAACGCAAGAAGAGAUGGCAUCUCAAGUCACGUCUUCGCCGACCAGUCUAAGUCAACAAUCAUACUCGAGCCCAUUUAGCAAAUUUUCUUUUACUUCCCAGCAGUCACCAGUAUUUAGUACACCUCCAAGCCAAGUUUCUCCUUUCGUGAGUGAGGAACUUGACUUAGAUGCAGAUCUGCAAAGACUCAAUGAUCUUUCAUCUGACUACUCUCCACCAGAUUACCUGUUAAGAACGAGGAGUUUUUCAGAGGUGAAGCCUAAACUGCAAAUCCCCUCCCCCUUUACCGUAGAUUCCUUGAUACGUUCAAGGUCCGUAGAAGUGAAAUCAAGGAAAACAUUUGUUUCGCCACUAUUACAUGAUACUGCUUCUCAAAAUGCUAGCAAGACUAAGGUGCCAGUGGAAGCCACCUCCACUGCCGUUACUGUGAAAAGGAGUGCGUACUUCUCUCGACCUGUUUCAUUACAAUCACCUCCAACUAGCCCUGGUACAAUUCAAAUCCAGAGGAAUGUGGAGUUGCUGGCCAAGUUUGAAGAUUCGCAGAGGAGCACAAGCACAUGUACUUCUGAAGGGGGUGAAAUUGCAGAUCACAGAGAGUUUGUCAAUGACGUGGUCGAUUGUCCAGACCUGGAUCAGAAACAGGAGAUUUUAAAGGACAUCACAAACAUAGAACGAUCAGAUGCAGUUGCAGCUGGAAAGAGAAAGCAUCUUCCACAUUUUCAAAGCGAUUUGCUUGGAGAGAGGCCAAUGAAGAGCAGAUCCAUUUCCUCUGUGUCACAUGUGGGUCAGUAUGCCAGCCUUGCUCAACGAUCCAUGGAUGACUUUGUGUCAACCAUAGCCCCAUUUCGGCUCUCGCAGACUGGUUCUCGUGCCAGUGGUUUACGAGCCCCCUUGAAGCAAGGAAGUCGAGCCAGUGGUCUAAGGGCACCCCCAAAGUCUGCUCGAAAGGCUUCUACGUCGAGGGCUCCCACUACUCCAGGAUCGACUAAGAAAAUCAGCGAUUGCAUUAGAUCUUCACCAGUGAACAUGCGAACCCUGAACUUUUCUAAGACUGAUUCCGUUGCUGCUGGGACUGUGAGGUGGCAAGUAUAUAGCGAAGAAGAAUGGGAGAAAGCGUAAUGUUAUUUAAUGUAAUUCAGCGUAUUCAUCAAUUUAUUCAUAUUCUAUCUUAUAGAGACAUACAAAUUUCUGUGCGGUUGGCUUGUGGUCAAUGCUUAGUCUUCAUUGUCCGAUUAGGACCCACAUGUCUCCACGUUUUUAGCGUAUACUAUGUAGCUUUAGUUCCUUGGUGGAGAGAUGGAAGGACACGCUCGAACAAAAACGCUGUUUUUUACAAGGAAGUUCUGAUUUAUUUCGAGCAGUCCUGAAAUGAGCAAACUUUUCGCUUUCCAGUGGAGAUUGAA